AAGGUCGAAAUAUUACAAGUAUACUAUGAUCCUCAAUUUGCUCUCUGUUCAGAGCAGAUAUUAGGGAGAUCUUGCCAUAUGCGACAUGGACGUAGAUGGCCCACCUUUCUCUGUACUAUCGGUAUCAAUUUGCGAAAGCUCACCUACCAAUAUGCCAUAUCAAGUAUUUCAAGGAAUAGCAAGAACGGAAUAACUUGUUCAGAAACUACUGCAUGAGAGUGCGCUUGUUUAGCAUUCAUCUAUCUGGCCGGAAUAGCCUAGUCAGUCGGCAUACCCUCCAUGUCGGAGAGAGACGUCAGCUUGUACUGAUAAGCAACGCCAACACAUCUGAUGAGAACAAAUGCUGUGAACCAACAGUUGCUUGCAAGGUCUCAGUCAUACCAAGCUUUGAGCAAGAUAACAAACAAGUCCUGGCUAGGACCAGGAUAGUUUGUUUGGUCGGGCCAACUCUGCGCGACACAUGAAAUGGAUUGUACUGGCCAUAUGCAAGUGGGAUUUGAAACGGUUCAAUGACUGGCUAUCAGGGCAUCCAUCGGAUAUUUGAACACAGAGAAGCGAGUUUUGCUGCAUGAAGAUGUCGUAUCACUGACAAGACACUUGCAUGUCCUAGGAUGUCCAUAGGUCGAUUCGAGAUCAAGGGAUUGCCACGUCAGAGCAGCCUAGGCCAUCAUUUCCGGAGCGCGGUUCGUACUUUUAAGGCUAGC